AUGGCUGAGAAGCUAGCUUCCUUCGGUAAGCUGCUGCUCAGGCGACGGGCGCUGGACUGUGACCAGGAAGAGAGCCACUUUGCCCGCUGCCUGAGCACACUGGACCUGAUAGCCCUGGGGGUGGGCGCCACUCUGGGGGCCGGCGUCUAUGUUCUGGCUGGAGAGGUGGCCAGGGAGAAGGCCGGCCCAGCCAUCGUGCUCUGCUUCCUCAUUGCAGCGCUCUCCUCCGUCCUUGCUGGUCUGUGUUAUGCUGAGUUUGGUGCCCGUGUGCCCAAGACUGGUUCAGCCUACAUGUACAGCUAUGUGACAGUGGGGGAGAUCUGGGCCUUCAUCACUGGUUGGAACCUCAUCCUCUCCUAUGUCAUAGGUGAAUCAGAAGUGGGAGUUAGUGAAAAUGAGGGAUUGGAGAUUAAGAAGGGAAGUGAUUCAAAAUGGGGGGAGGGAAUGUUUGAUCUAUUUUUAUUUUAUAAAGUUGCAAGAAACACAUUUGAGGUAAAAACAGGAUAUGAGAGGUGCCAUGAUAAUAUAAAUCUCUCAUAAUUGUUCUCAUUAAAACUCUAAGCAGUGAUAUUACUGCAAUACCCAGACAGUCACUUGAGAUUAUCAGCAAUUCUGAGUAGCUGAAUAAUUAGACUGAAUAAUUAAGAUUCUGAUGAGGACUUGAGCUGAAGAGGUUUUACAGGCAGAUCAAGCUCUUGGUUCUCUAGAAGGAUUGCCUCUUGACAGAAGGGCCCUUGAAAGUGUGACUCCAACUUCUGUCGUUAUAAAUCUCUCCCUCUCUUCCUCUCCCUCUCUUCCUCUUCUUCUCCCCCUCUUUCAGGCACAGCCAGUGUUGCUCGGGCCUGGAGCUCCACCUUUGACAACCUGGUUGAACAGAAGAUCUCAGACUUCUUCAGAGCCUCCAUGUCCAUCAAGGUCCCUGGGAAGAUUCUGGCUGAAUACCCAGACCUCUUCGCCCUCAUCCUGAUAUUGCUGCUCACUGGUGAGGCUCUCAUUUAACAUAACACCGAACACAUUUGAAAGCGUUAUACACACCCUCAGCGAAAGUACAGCUCCAAUAAGAGGGCUCUUCAUUCCUGCCUUAGGGCAUGCGAAGAGUGCCCAUUCAGGGUAGCAUUAUGAUUGGCUGUGCUUGGUCGCUGCCCACGUCUGGGGCUCUGACACUUUGCCAACACCCACACAGGCCUGCUGGCGUUUGGCGUGAGCGAGUCGGCCCUGGUGAACAAGAUCUUCACAGGGGUCAACCUGGUGGUUCUGGGCUUCAUCAUCAUCUCAGGACUGGUGAAGGGAGACCGCGCAAACUGGAACCUCACUGUUGAGGACUUUGUCAACACAACCAACAUCACUGAUGCAGAGUGAGUCGCCGACAGACAGAAGAGCUCAUGAGGAGGGGUUUAUUAAGCAGGAAUUAUGUUUUAUAAUCAGCCCUAUGGAGUAGUUGAAAGUAUGAAAGUCUGUUUACAAAAACAUAUUAACACCUUUAGAGACAUCAACCAUUAGGGAGACCAGUUCUCUUCCUGAAGACUGAAUAUGAUAUGAUUAUCUUUAUCUUUGGCAUUUUUGUUUAUUUCCCAGGCUACUUCAAUAACUUUAUUAAAAAAUCAUAAUAAUAAUUUUAAAAAUUAUAACCAGUCCCCUGCUCUCUUUCUUUGUCCAGGAUCAUUAAAGAGAAGUUUGGUACCGGGGGUUUUGCUCCAUUCGGCUUCAGUGGAGUCCUGUCUGGUGCAGCAACUUGCUUCUACGCCUUUGUGGGUUUUGACUGCAUCGCAACCACAAGUAGGCCAUUUCUGCCAUUUCCUCUCAUCUCUUGGCACCAAUGAUAUACACUGAGUGUAAAAAACGUCUACUAAAUGGCUAAAAAGUUCAGGUAAAAUGUACAGUGAGGGAAAAAAGUAUUUGAUCCCCUGCUGAUUUUGUACGUUUGCCCACUGACAAAGAAAUGAUCAGUCUAUAAUUUUAAUGGUAGGUUUAUUUGAACAGUGAGAGACAGAAUAACAACAACAAAAUCCAGAAAAAACGCAUGUCAAAAAUUUUAUAAAUUGAUUUGCAUUUUAAUGAGGGAAAUAAGUAUUUGACCCCUCUGCAAAACAUGACUUAGUACUUGGUGGCAAAACCCUUGUUGGCAAUCAGAGGUCAGACGUUUCUUGUAGUUGGCCACCAGGUUUGCACACAUCUCAGGAGGGAUUUUGUCCCACUCCUCUUUGCAGAUCUUCUCCAAGUCAUUAAGGUUUCGAGCCUGACGUUUGGCAACUCGAACCUUCAGCUCCCUCCACAGAUUUUCAAUGGGAUUAAGGUCUGGAGACUGGCUAGGCCACUCCAGGACCUGAAUGUACUUCUUCUUGAGCCACUCCUUUGUUGCCUUGGCCGUGUGUUUUGGGUCAUUGUCAUGCUGGAAUACCCAUCCACGACCCAUUUUCAAUGCCCUGGCUGAGGGAAGGAGGUUCUCACCCAAGAUUUGACAGUACAUGGCCCCGUCCAUCGUCCCUUUGAUGCUGUGAAGUUGUCCUGUCCUUAGCAGAAAAACACCCCCAAAGCAUAAUGUUUCCACCUCCAUGUUUGACGGUAGGGAUGGUGUUCUAGGGGUCAUAGGCAGCAUUCCUCCUCCUCCAAACACGGCGAGUUGAGUUAAUGCCAAAGAGCUCGAUUUUGGUCUCAUCUGACCACAACACUUUCACCCAGUUCUCUUCUGAAUCAUUCAGAUGUUCAUUGGCAAACUUCAGACGGGCCUGUAUAUGUGCUUUCUUGAGCAGGGGGACCUUGCGGGCACUGCAGGAUUUCAGUCCUUCACGGCGUAGUGUGUUACCAAUUGUUUUCUUGGUGACUAUGGGCCCAGCUGCCUUGAGAUCAUUGACAAGAUCCUCCUGUGUAGUUCUGGGCUGAUUCCUCACCGUUCUCAUGAUCAUUGCAACUCCACGAGGUGAGAUCUUGCAUGGAGCCCCAGGCCGAGGGAGAUUGACAGUUCUUUUGUGUUUCUUCCAUUUGCGAAUAAUCGCACCAACUGUUGUCACCUUCUCACCAAGCUGCUUGGCGAUGGUCUUGUAGCCCAUUCCAGCCUUGUGUAGGUCUACAAUCUUGUCCCUGACAUCCUUGGAGAGCUCUUUGGUCUUGGCCAUGGUGGAGAGUUUGGAAUCUGAUUGAUUGAUUGCUUCUGUGGACAGGUGUCUUUUAUACAGGUAACAAACUGAGAUUAGGAGCACUCCCUUUAAGAGUGUGCUCCUAAUCUCAGCUCGUUACCUGUAUAAAAGACACCUGGGAGCCAGAAAUCUUUCUGAUUGAGAGGGGGUCAAAUACUUAUUUCCCUCAUUAAAAUGCAAAUCAAUUUAUAACAUUUUUGACAUGCGUUUUUCUGGAUCUUUUUGUUGUUAUUCUGUCUCUCACUGUUCAAAUAAACCUACCAUUAAAAUUAUAGUCUGAUCAUUUCUUUGUCAGUGGGCAAACGUACAAAAUCAGCAGGGGAUCAAAUACUUUUUUCCCUCACUGUACCUGUGGUUGACGACUAUCAAAUCUAAACCGUCUAGAUCUUUUUCCACAGGUGAAGAGGCCAAGAACCCCAUGCGUUCCAUCCCCAUUGGUAUCGUGGCUUCUCUGCUCAUCUGUUUCUUCGCCUACUUCGGGGUGUCUGCAGCUCUCACCCUCAUGAUGCCCUACUACCUGCUGAACAGAGAGAGCCCGCUGCCAGAGGCCUUCAGCUAUGUGCACUGGGACCCUGCCCGCUACAUCGUGGCUGUGGGCUCCCUCUGUGCCCUCUCCACCAGGUGACUGACACAGACAGUUUCCCAUAGACUUCUCAUGGCCGUGUUUGCAUUUCUAUCAAAGGUUGAAAGGCACCCAGAUGAUGGCAGGCUAUUUUUAGUUUGAUGUUGAUUUUUGGGUUUGAACAAUUGUUUAUUUUCAUAUACUGUGCUUUCAAUUCCUUUUGUUGUUAUUUGUUAUUUGCAUGCAAGGAACGGACACAAAUUAUGAUGUGGAAUAUAUAAACCCAAAAGUUUUUGUUUCGUGUGUUAAAUGUUGAUGAUAUUUCAGGGUCAUUCACUGUUUGUGGACUGACCAGAGACAUGGCUGGCCUCUGUGUGAUGGCGACGACUUUGUCUGAGUCCCUCUCUCUUUCUCUCUCUUCUCUGUCCAGUUUACUGGGCUCAAUGUUCCCCAUGCCCCGUGUAAUCUAUGCAAUGGCUGAGGACGGCCUGCUCUUCCGCUUCCUCUCAAAGAUGAACAUCAAAACCAAGACCCCCCUGUUAGCCACCAUCGUGUCGGGUAUUGUAGCAGGUAAGCUUAGCCCAUACAUUACUAAGUAUCUCCUUUGUGCACCAACACUUUGUUUUCUGUCAACUGUUUAGCUGCUACUCUAUGCUACUUAGAAUUGAAAUGUAUUCUUUCUCUCUGCAGCCGUGAUGGCAUUCCUGUUUGAUCUGGCAGCCCUGGUGGACCUGAUGUCGAUAGGAACUCUCCUGGCAUACACAUUAGUGGCUGUGUGCGUGCUUAUCCUCAGGUUAGUGCAGAGGAUCUUGGCUAACACACUUUUAGUUUUUUAAAGAGUCAUGCACAAACGCUUUUGAUUUCUCAAAUAUCCAACUCUUCUCAAGUAUCCAACUGAAAAUGAAAAUGUUCUCAGUCAACGUAACUAGUAAAAUAAGGGUUGACUGAAUUCUACCUAUGUACAUUUGUUCACAGGUACCAACCAGGCACCCUGGGCAUCAGUGGUGCCAGUGAGAAGCUGGUGGAGCUGGUGGGUCUGCAGAGGGCAACCAUGGCAGAGGGGGACAGUGGGGACGAGUUUGGCCAGGAGGGUGAGGGGGAGACCAGGCCCCUCAGGGAGCGGUUCAUCCUCAAGAUGCUGCUGGUGCCCAGCUGUGAUGUCCCCACCAAGACCUCCGGACUCAUCGUCUACAUCACUACCGCUGUCAUCUGUGAGUCUCCCCCUUUUGACAGGGUGAAGUGUUGAUGGUGUUUAAAGCUAUAUUUAAGUGAGCCUUUUUGGAGAGCUUUGGCAUACUGGAAGCAGCUGUCUGAUAAAGCAAAUGAGAGAAUGCAUUGAAUUGAUUUAAUAAGAUUCCACUAUACAUGCUAAGUUAACAAUCUCUUUUAUCUCUUUAGCUGUGGUGUUCACCCUGCUGUGCGUAGUGCUGGCUGUGUGGGGGGCAGAGGUGGUGAGUGGCCACCCCAUGUGGGUCACUAUAUGUGCGAUACUGACCUUCCUCUCCUUCCUGUGUGUGGCCAUCAUCUGGAGACAGCCCCCGAGCAGACAGUCACUCACCUUUAAGGUAUGAGGGAGUUUUCAGUCACUACUUAUUUCACGUAAAUGUUCCUGAGAAACCUGUUCCUAUUUACUAUAGGUUUCCUCAUUCUCCUAGUAACCACUUGGUCGGUCUGUACUUGGAUCAUCAGCUCUUAGCUUAAAAGUGGUUUUGAAAAUAUGUUGUAGUUGUUAGACUUGAUUAUGUCCAGUGUGUGGUUUAAUGUAGAAAAUAAACAUUUUGAAUCCCUUCAGGUACCCCUACUCCCAGUGUUGCCAUUGGUCAGUAUCUUUGUCAACAUUUACCUCAUGAUGCAGCUGGAUGGGCCAACGUGGUGUCGCUUUGCAGUGUGGAUGGCUAUUGGUUAGUGAGAUUACCACCCCUAUUAUUUAUUUGCCUCUUGCUCUUGUGCUUAUCUGUGUUAUUAAGGAACUUCGUGUUACGCAAGUACAGUGUGUCACUGAGCUUCACCUUUGGCAUGCUGUAGUUUAUCACUGUUUAAAUCAGUUUUUCUUCCUUCUUCCCUCUUUCGCCUAGGUUUUCUCAUCUACUUUGCUUACGGGAUUAAGAACAGCUCAGAGGCCACACCCAACCGCGGUAAAUUUGAGCCAGUCCUCCGAUCAAAGAGUCCCAUCUACCUAGCAGAGGAUGACAGUGAGGUGGAAGGGAUGACGCCUUAGAGGAGAAUAGUGGUGGAGUAGAUGCUUUCCGCCCCAACGACAUACCACGAAAGCCUUGAACAGGUGUAUAUUCUCAUUGCGUUCAUUUUCAACUGUCUGGGCAUUGUGCCACAACAGACUGUCUUAACUUUCCGUCUCUGUUAUUAGGUCAUUCUUGUGAUUUAGAGAGGACAUCAAAUGUUAAAUAGAUUUUGGAUAUACAGUACAUUUGGAAAGUAUUCAGACCCCUUGACU